UGUAGGUAGUACAAGAACUGAAAAAUAAUUUUUGGUUGCCAGUAUACCUGUAGUCGUUGCACUGAUCAGUCGAUAGUUUUGUGAUAAAUUAUUUCUCAAGUGAAUUAAAUUAUUAACCAUGGGACGUGAUUCUAGAAAGGUUUCAAGAGAACUUCGGAGUUCUGAAAAAAUUAAUAAGUCGCGUUCAGUCAAAAGAAAGAAUGUUUUUAAUCCGAAAACAGCCGAACGUGAUGAAAGUAUUCAGAGUACAUCUUCUAAAAAAUUAAAACAAAACACUGAAGAUGAUGUACCUGAAGACAGCAGUACUGAAUUUCGAAUAAUAAAUUUUAUUCAGGUAUUCACUGCAAUUUCUGCUCUUAUAAAAUGUAAAAAAUGUGAUGGAAAUGUAGUGUUUCAAACAGCAAGUACACGUGGGCUGGGAUUCAAAAUUGUAGUUGCAUGUAAUAACUGUGGAAAUGAAUAUAUUCCUUCCUGUUCUUUCGUUGGGCAUUCUUAUGAAAUAAACAGACGUUUCAUUUUUGUAAUGAGAAUACUAGGAAUAGGAUACGAAGGAUUGUGCAAGUUUUGCGGCCUGAUGGACAUGCCGUCUUUUUUAGAUAAAUCUACGCAUACAAUUUUACUGAAACAGAUUUUGAAUUGUAGUAAAGCCGUCGCAGAAACCUUCAUGACGAAAGCUGUGAAUGAAGAAAAGCAAGCAAUGCCAACAACUGAAAAUGAAGAUAUAAAUCAUCUAACUGUAUCGGGAGAUGGAACCUGGCAAAAACGGGGAUAUACAUCGUCAUUUGGAGUUUCUUCUAUAAUUGGCUAUUUUACUGGAAAGAUUCUUGACAUAAACAUUAAAAGUGCAUAUUGUAAGCUAUGUGAGUAUUGGAAAAAAAAAACAAAUACUGUUGAGUUCGAGGAAUGGUAUCAAUCGCAUGAAGAUGUGUGUUCUGCUAAUCAUCAAGGGUCUUCUGGGAAAAUGGAGGUGGAUGCGAUGGUCGAAAUGUUUUCGUAUUCUGAAACUAAAUAUGGAGUUAAGUAUGCCAACUAUAUUGGUGAUGGUGACUCCAAGACCUAUUCAGGAAUUAUAAAAUCAGAUCCUUACGAAAAUACAACUGUAAAUAAAAAGGAAUGUAUAGGGCAUGUCCAAAAGCGGAUGGGGAGUCGAUUACGUACGCUGAAGAGUAAACAAAAAGGUCUUGGUGGUCGAGGUAAGCUCACAGGAAAAUUAAUAGACAAACUAACUGUGUACUAUGGUUUAGCAAUACGCCGGCAUUGUGAUUCUAUUGAAAAUAUGAAAUCUGCUAUAAUGGCAACCUUUUAUCACUACGGCUCGAGUGAUGAAAAACCGAAUCAUGAUAUGUGUCCAAAAGGCGAAGAAUCUUGGUGCUCUUACCAGCGCGCUGAAGCAAGAGGAGAGCUUGAUACCUUUUCUCACGAUUAUUCUCCUUUACCUUCUGAUGUUUUAAAAGCUAUCAAGCCUAUAUACGAAGAUCUUAGUAAUGAAAAUUUACUUUCAAGAUGUGUAGGUGGAUUCAAUCAGAAUAAUAAUGAAAGCUUUAACCAACUAGUAUGGAAAAUAUGCCCAAAAACGGUAAAUACUAGUUUUACUAUCGUACAAAUAGCUGCAUACGUUGCUAUGUGUAUAUUUAAUGAGGGUAUAAAUUCAUUAUUAGUCUUGAUGAAUACACUUGGACUUAAUUGUGGGCCUAAUUCUCAUCGGUAUGCAGAAAGAAUGGAUGCUGCACGUAUCAAAGUAGCAGAUAAGCGCGCUAAUGAUAACACCCGAGAAGGUCGAUUGCAACGUAGGCACCAGCAAAUCGAUAUUUUGGAAGCUGCUAUGUCGGCUGAAGAGCUAUUAUAUGGUCCAGGAAUAGAUGACUCAGUAUGAAUCUCCAAGGACUUAUGAUGAUCACCGCAAAGGACUUCGGGAGGAACGGGCUCUACAAAAACAGCGAUAACUUUUUGAAUUAUUAAUUUUUUUUUUUGAAAUUUUCGUGAAGUCAAAUCGAAACGUGUUCUAAUAAAGCUAUGUUUUUAUUUUUGUCAAAUAAAGUAAUUAACUACAAAAAAAAAAUUAUUGAAAAUCAUCAUUUUUUCAUACCCCUGAG